CAUGCGAGUGAUCCGGAACGACACAGACACCGUCCUAAUCGACACGUCCCUGGGCGGCUUGGUCUACUCCAACCAGUUCCUGCAGUUCGCCACCAAGCUGCCGGCCAACAGCGAGCUCUACGGCUUCGGCGAGCACGAGCACCACUCGCUGCGCCACAACAUGAACUGGCAGACCAUGGGCAUGUACUCCCGAGACCAGCCACCAACGACCAACGGCAACCUUUACGGUGUGCAUCCAUUCUAUAUGGUGAUCGAGGAAGAUUUUAACACACACGGCGUAUUGAUUUUGAACAGCAACGCUCAAGACGUGACAUUGUCGCCUGCUCCCUAUUUGGUUUACCGCACUAUUGGUGGCGUGUUGGACUUCUACGUCUUCUUGGGACCCACACCAGAAAAUGUUGUGCAACAAUACACAGAGGCAAUUGGGCGGCCCUUUAUUCCACCUUACUGGUCGCUGGGUUUCCAACUGUGUCGCUAUGGUUACAACAGCCUCGACGCCGUCAAAGAGACAGUGAAUCGAAUGCAGCGUUACAGCAUACCGCACGAUGUGCAAUAUGGUGACAUAGACUACAUGGACGAACAGCGAGAUUUCACCUACGAUACCGUCAGCUACAGCGGCCUACCCGAAUACGUGCUGGAACUCAAGUCGCAAGGCAUGCACUACAUUAUCAUUCUGGAUCCGUGCAUUGGGAACGACCUCCCACCCGGCCAAUAUGGAGCCUACGACUCAGGCAACGCUAAAAAUGUAUGGAUUACUGAAAGCGACUGCAUCACACCAGCUGUUGGAAAGGUGUGGCCUCCAGAGAAUUCUGUCUUCCCUGAUUAUACCAACCCAGCCACGGGCGAUUGGUGGAAGGACGAGUGUGUCAAGUUUCACAACGUCAUCGAAUACGACGGUCUGUGGAUCGAUAUGAACGAACCUGCUAACUUUGUAACUGGCUCAGUGACGGGAUGCACAAACAACAAAUGGAACAACCCUCCCUACCUGCCAAAGAUAUUCGGAAACGUGCUAGCUGACAAGAGUAUGUGCCCUGACGCAUGUCAGCAUUUAGGAAAGCACUACGACUUGCACAACUUGUUUGGCUGGAGCCAGUCUAUACAGACAGUACCCGCAGCCCGAGCAGCAACGGCCAAUAGGAGCAUCGUCAUUAGUCGGUCCACGUUCCCAGGUAGUGGCAAGUACUCGGGACACUGGCUGGGGGACAAUUACAGUCAGUGGAGUAACCUGCACUAUUCCAUCAUCGGUUCGCUGGAAUUCAACAUGUUCGGCAUUCCAUACAUUGGGGCUGAUAUCUGUGGUUUCAAUGGAAACUCCAAUGACAAGAUGUGCCAGCGUUGGAUGCAGCUGGGGGCAUUCUACACCUUUUCUCGCAACCACAAUGGACUUGGAUACACGGAACAAGAUCCGGCCGCCUUUGGAGACGAGGUUGCACGGGUCAGCCGCGAGAUCCUUGAAGUCCGCUAUACUCUUCUACCGUACCUGUACACUCUCUUCUACGAGGCACACGCCUUGGGGUCGACAGUGAUGCGGCCACUUAUGCACGAAUUCGUGAGUGAUGAAGAGACGCACGGGAUUGACAGGCAGUUCCUAUGGGGUCCAGCCCUACUGAUCACACCUGUCUUGGAUGAGGGAUUUGUCACGGUUGAAGGUUACUUCCCCGAUUGUCGUUGGUACGACUACUACACGGGUGCCGAGAUGGCAUCCUCAUCACGUGGUACCUACGUCACUCUGUCUGCUCCCAUGGAUUACAUUCCUUUACACGUGAGGGGUGGUUAUAUCAUGGCGACACAAGAACCAGAUGUCAACACUGUCAAGAGCCGAACCAAACCCAUGGGUCUAAUCGUGGCACUUGAUGAUAACAGCGAAGCACAUGGAACACUGUUCUGGGACGACGGAGAUUCGAUUGACACCUACGAAAAAGGGGAAUACUUCUUCGCUGAAUUCACCACCACCAUUGGAUCGUUGACCGGUACGAUCAAGACUAACGGAUACAGCGGGGUAAGCGGCCUCCUGUGGGGAUCUGUUCGCCUCAUGGGCGUGCCGUCUCCUGCUACCAGUGUCACCGUGAAUGGAUUGGCCCAUACUGAUUUCAGCUACAACAGUAGCACCAAGGAAUUAAAGAUCAACAAUGCCGGUGUGACUGUCUUGAUACCACUUUCCAUCACUUGGAACUAA